GGAAGUAUGAACCAGUUGCGAUAAGAUUGACUUGAAGGAGGGCAGCAGGGGAGGGAAAUAAUGAGUUAGCAGUAAAGCAGUGUGCCAGAAAGACGCCUACCCCUGUCGGCGUCCAUGGGCAACGCCCAGGGACCACUCAUUCGAAUGUGGAACUUAUUCUAAAGCCACUGGGCGACGCGACAAUUUCUACCGGGGUGGCUGUUGGCCUAUGAUGGAACGGGCGAUGGAGCAGCUUAACGUACAACUCAGCCGGCUUACCCGCUCCCUGCGUCGGGCCAGGACGGUGGAACUCCCCGAAGACAAUGAAACUGCAGUGUACACACUCAUGCCAAUGGUGAUGGCUGACCAGCACAGGUCAGUGUCAGAGUUGCUGCUCAACUCCAAGUUUGAUGUGAACUAUGCAUUUGGACGUGUGAAGAGAAGCCUGCUUCAUAUUGCUGCCAACUGUGGAUCAGUGGAGUGUCUUGUUCUGCUGCUGAAAAGAGGUGCUAACCCAAACUACCAGGACAUCUCAGGCUGUACCCCACUGCACCUUGCAGCGAGGAAUGGACAGAAGAAAUGUAUGGGCAAACUACUGGAAUAUAACGCUGAUGUCAACAUUUGCAACAACGAGGGACUAACGGCUAUUCAUUGGUUGGCAGUGAAUGGGAGGACUGAACUCCUCCACGAUUUGGUCCAGCAUGUGUCCAACGUUGAUGUCGAAGAUGCCAUGGGACAGACAGCAUUGCAUGUAGCUUGUCAGAAUGGACACAAAACUACGGUGUUGUGUCUGCUGGACAGUGGAGCUGACAUCAAUCGACCAAACGUCUCCGGGGCCACGCCCCUUUACUUUGCCUGCAGUCAUGGCCAGAGAGACACAGCACAGAUCCUACUUUCUCGAGGAGCCAAAUAUCUUGCUGACAAGAAUGGAAUAACUCCUCUUGAUCUGUGUGUGCAGGGAGGAUACGGGGAGACUUGUGAGAUUCUUAUUCAGCACCAUAGCAGACUCUUCCAGAUCCUCAUUCAGAUGACACAGAAUGAUGACAUAAAAGAGAAUAUGCUCCGGCAGGUUCUGGAGCAUGUUUCUCAGCAGAGUGACUGUAAUUAUCAGAGGAUCUUGACAAGUCUGGCUGAAGUUGCCACCACUAAUGGGCACAAGCUGCUCAGCCUAUCCAGCAGCUACGAUGCUCAGAUGAAGAGUCUCCUGAGAAUUGUUCGCAUUUUCUGCCAUGUAUUCCGCUUGGGACCCUCAUCUCCCAAUAAUGGCAAUGAUAUGGGCUACAACGGCAACAAGACCCCUCGUAGUCAGGUCUUUAAGAUGCGUAUGAGACAAGUGGAGGCUAUUCCAAAAGACACGUGCUCUUGGACAGCUUCUGCUUUUUUAGAUCCGUUGGAGCUGCUUUGGCAUUCGCUGGAUGAGUGGCUUGUGCUAAUCUCCACUGAGCUGGACAGAAACAGGAAGAACCCGUCUUCCACAUCUUCCAGCAGUGAGAUAGCCUCUCUGAUUCUCAAGCAGCGGGAGGUCGAUCACUCUAACGCCACACCAAAGCUCUCCACCUCACUGGACGCUCAGAUUGUCAUGGAAACCGAGGUGUACGCCGAUGGAGAAGACGUUAUCUCCAUGACAGCCAGUCGGCUCAGCGCUGUGAUCCAGGCCUUCUACAUGUGCUGCUCCUGCCAGAUGCCACAAGGAAUGACAUCCCCUCACUUCAUUGAGUUUGUCUGCAAGCAUGACGAGGUGCUGAAGUGUUUUGUAAACAGAAAUCCGAAGAUCAUCUUUAACCACUUCCACUUCCUGCUCGAGUGUCCCGAGCUGAUGUCACGCUUCAUGCAUAUCAUUAAGGGCCAGCCCUUUAAGGAUCGCUGUGAGUGGUUCUACGAGCAUCUUCUUGCUGGUCAGCCAGACUCCGACAUGGUUCAUCGUCCGGUCAAUGAGAGUGACAUCCUACUCAUCCACAGAGACUCAAUAUUUCGAAGCAGCUGUGAGAUGGUUUCCAAGUCUACCAAUGAGAAGCUGAAGCAAGGGAUUGCUGUCCGCUUCCAUGGCGAAGAGGGAAUGGGUCAGGGUGUUGUUCGGGAGUGGUUUGACAUCCUGUCCAAUGAGAUCAUCAAUCCAGACUAUGCUCUCUUCACUCAGUCAGCUGAUGGUACAACUUUCCAGCCCAACAGUAACUCUUCGGUGAAUCCAGACCACCUGAACUACUUCCGGUUUGCAGGCCAAAUUUUGGGUCUCGCUCUGUAUCACAGGCAGCUGGUCAAUAUCUAUUUCACCCGCUCCUUCUACAAACACAUUCUAGGUAUCCCAGUGAACUACCAGGAUGUGUCAUCUAUAGAUCCCGAGUAUGCCAAGAACUUGCAGUGGAUCCUGGACAAUGACAUCAGUGAUUUAGGUCUGGAACUCACUUUCUCUGUGGAGACUGACGUGUUUGGUGCCAUGGAGGAAGUGCCUCUCAAACCAGGAGGCAUAAGCAUCAUUGUGACUCAGGACAAUAAGGCUGAGUAUGUCCAACUGGUGACAGAGCUAAGAAUGACACGGGCCAUCCAGCCUCAGAUAAAUGCUUUCUUGCAAGGAUUCCACACUUUCAUCCCGCCCUCACUAAUCCAGCUUUUUGAUGAAUAUGAAUUGGAGCUCCUACUGUCAGGGAUGCCAGAGAUCGAUGUGCAGGAUUGGUGCAGGAACACUGAAUACACAAGUGGCUACGAACCUCAGGAGCCAGUCAUUCAGUGGUUUUGGGAAGUUGUGCGGAGCCUAACCCAGGAAGAACGAGUUCUAAUGCUUCAGUUUGUCACGGGAAGUUCCAGAGUUCCUCAUGGUGGCUUUGCCUAUCUGAUGGGUGGCAGCGGUUUACAGAAGUUCACAAUUGCUGCAGUGCCAUACACCUCCAACCUUCUUCCUACCUCCAGUACUUGUAUCAACAUGCUGAAACUCCCGGAAUAUCCCAGCCAGGAGACCCUGAGAGAUCGCCUCCUGGUAGCGUUGCAUUGUGGGAGCUACGGGUAUACCAUGGCAUAACCGUCCUAUCCUGUUGUGCUGCUGGAAAGGUGUGCAGACUCCCCUCACACCACACACUCCACUGCUGUAUUCAGUUGCUGCUCUUCAUGGACAAAAAAUGGAAUGUGGGUGUGUGUGUGUGUAUAUAUUUGUAUAUAUGCACAGUGGGGGAAAUAAUUAUUUGAUCACUUGUCGAUUUUGUAAAUUUACUACUUUACAAAGAAAUGAACAUUUCAUAACUUAUGGUAUGUUAAUUUUAAAACAGACAAAAUAUAGACAAAGACAAUAAAAGAAAACCAUCAGGUAAAUGUUAUACAUUAAUUUGUAUUUAAUUGAUUGAAGUACAUAUUUAAUCCCCCACCCCCAGCAUGAAGUAUGACCGCUUCAGGCUGGUUAUGUGUACAUGAAACACAAAUUGUCCCAUUAGUAAGAAGCUCGGUAUGAGAGAGAGAUACUGUUUGCACGAUAUUUUUAAAAAAAUGGAAGAAAUGCAAGAUAACUGUAAAUUUUUUGGCUGAUCGACCCAGAAUUACACAGGAGGAGCUUGGCAAUGUUAUUUAGGACUUUGCUUUAAAGGUUUGAGAUCCUGCAGUGCACGCAAUGUCCACCUUCCCUAGAACAGACAUGUACACAAACAGAAGUUUGCCAAUGAACACUUAAGUGAUUGGAUUGGGAGAAUGUCACAUGGUCAGAUGAGACUAAAAUUGAGCUAUUUGGCAUCAAUGUGACUCGCUGUGUUGGAAUACCGAAGAAAACAUUGAACCUCAUUGUCAAAGAUGGAGAUGACAACAUUAUACUUUGGGGCUAUUUUUCAGAAUGAACAUUAACAGGGUGUAGAUGAGUUAUGACGAUGACCCAAAACUUAUGGCUAGGGCAACAAAGGAGUUUAUCAAGAAGCAACACACAUCGAUCCUGUCUUUGGACUUUAAGCCAAUAAAAAAACUAGAGUUGCCGAUUAAGAGCCUCAAAACCUUAAGGAUUUUGAGAGUAGCUGUAAAGGGAAGCGGGACAAAAUCAGUUUUGAGUCACGUAAAACUUGUUGAUCAACUACAUCAAACAUCUGACUUCUUUGUUUAACAUUGCUUUUCUCCACCAAGUACACCUAUUGUUUAUGACUCAAACUGUUACACUCCCUCUGACUAUCCAGUCAACAGUUUUAAGCCAAGGGAAUUUUGACUUGUUUGAUUCUAAAACAUUGACAGAUAUCAUGAUAAUGAAAGACUAUUACUUAUAUAUGCCAUAAAUGCACACGCUGCCUUCUAUUUAUGGUUGUCACAUAGAAGCUUAUGCAAAGUAUGUUUUCCGAAACAUCGAAUGUCUCAUGUUAUCGCUGUGCCGCUGCAAUUAUUAUACACUGUAAUUUAUGGUAGCCUGAAAUUAUAUUUGCUUUUCUGCAUAAAAGAUCCUCUUUCAGACUCAAAAUGUUUAUGUAAUAUAGAAACUGUCCCACAUCAUUUUUAUCUCCAAACAUACUGUAUGUUUGAAUAAUGUUUGUGACUGUAAAAUGUAGUUUUGCUGGAGUUACUUUACUGCUGGCAUAUUAAAUCGGAGAAAAUAAACAAGACAGCAAAUAGUACCAAGUCAUUGAAUUAUUGCACUGUAGAUACGCUAAAGCAGGGGUGUCAAACAUACAGCCCGAGGGCCAGAUCAGGCCCGCGAACAGGUUUUAACCGCCCCGCGGGAUGAGUUUGGUAAGUAUAAAAAUUAACCUAAAAUUUUUGAAUGAAAUAAACUGCUGUUCUAAAUGUGUCCACUGGAUUUCGCAAAAGCAAUUCUUUGUAUCUUUGUAAAUGAUUGUACAUAUGUACAAAGUAAACCACAUGAUGUUAGUACAUCAGUCGAGUAAAAUGAUCAAACUACAUAAAUAACAUCCUGUAAUUUGAUUUUGAUAUUAUUUUUUUAUUUUGAUAGAUUGAAAAUGAACACCAAUGAGUUGACUGAUGAACAUUAUCACAUAAUGUAUUCAGAAAAUAUAAAUAACGACAAAUAAAUUAUUAACCGCAACAUUAUGAUUUGUACAUUUUCAGAAUGUGCUUAUUCUAUUUUUAAACAAAGAAAACAAUAUGACGUUGUCUUUAUUUUUAUGUUACCGCACCGUGAUUUUACCAUGUGGCCCCCGAUCUAAAAUGAGUUUGACACCCCUGCUCCAGAGCCUCAAUUUAGAAUGAAUAUUAAACUCCCAAAGAUGCAACACAAAUAUUUGUGUGAUUUCCUUUAAAUCAAUAUAAUAUUUUGAUUUGGCCAAAGAUUAUAAAGCAAUAUCCAUGAGCAAAUAGGUUCCAAAUCAUAGAAAAAGUUCAAGUAUAAUAUAAAAAAAUUUAAAUAAACUAAAACGCCAUGAAAUAACCAACAAAAACAGUAUGGAACUAAGCUAGAACCAAAAAGGGCGGAAUGACGAGGCAAUGCCAGUAGAUGCAGAAAGAGUUCAUCUUAACUACACAGUAAAAUCUUUGCAGCAGCAAACGGUAAAUUAUUACAAUGGAAAAAAAACAAAAAACAGCACACUAAUUGCCAAUCAGCUCCAGGUGUGCUGCUUUCCACCCCUUACCAGAGGGAGAUAACAGGGCACACAGCGUGUGGGAGUCAAAUACUAAAAAAAACAAAAACGGUAACGUAAUCUAAAUAGCUCAACACACCUGAUGUUAAAAAAAAGUACCCACUUCAUGUUUGUACUUUCUGAAAACAAUUUACAUUAGGUGUUGGAUGUUUGGACUGAAAUAUGUAUAUAUUCCAUACUUACACGUCACAGAUCCUCAUAUAUGGCUAACAUGCAGUAUUAUCAGCUCCCUGCAUCCAUCUGACUAACAUAGGUGUUACCACACCAUUACACAUUAGAAUAACCAUUAUCAGUGGGGGGGGGGGGGGGGAGGGAAACAGCCUCACUCAUAAUAAACACCAGGGGACAAAUCUACUGAUGUCUUUGUAUGCUGGAACAGGAACAAUUGCUUCCACUGAUUUUUGUUUUUGUAUGACCACACUGUCUAAAUGUUUACAUAUUUUCCUGUAUAUAUUUGAACAUCAGUUUAGCAUGGAAAAUUCUGACAUGUUUGUUUUUGUGUGUGUACUUGCUUUAUGUAAACCUAGGUAUUUGCAGUCGUUCCUCAACUUAUGAGCCUUAUUGGUUUUGUGACUGAGCUCUUAUCAAUGUCUCCCAUUUAAAUACAUGUAAUGGGUGCUUGCCCUCCUCCCCUAAACAGCGCUGUUUUAACACAUGACAUGUCUUUUCUAAGGAAAAACAAACGUUUCUAUAAGAAAUAUUGUAUGAAAAACAAUACAAUAGAAUGUACUACGAACAACUACAGUGGUUUUAUGAAGUUAAGUAAGACUAAUGAACAUUUACUUUGGAGAGUGGACUUAUACGGUAUCGCCACACCAUCAACAGCUUCUCCAUACUUUCAUGGAUACAUGUCCGCUGUUUAAAUAUUAUUUCAACAUUCUUGGCUGGCGUUAGACUCAUUCUGCUUCAGUAUGCUGCAGUCUAGCAACAAUUCGCUAAAACUGGUUUACUAUGUUGACUACAUGCUCAGUCAUGUUUUUGAGGAUUUAUUUCUUUAUUGAAAGAAUAUCAUCCACUUUUUAUGUCGAUCCCUAGCUAUACGCUAAUGCUAGAGAGUAAGACAGGAUGUUUUGGGGCGGAUCUGACAUUUUGCUACACCAAUUAAUGCAGCUUAAAGAAUGACAAUUAGCUAAGAGACAGCUCUUAUCUCAAAACUCUCUUAAGUUAAGGUACCACUGUGUAUACCUUUCCAGUAAAGCUGGUUGUACUUUUUUGUAUGUUCGUUCUUAAGUUCAGUGUGCCAUAAAGCAAAAGCUGGAAUAUAUUCUAUCAGUAUUGUCAGGAUUGCCUUAUCAUUUGUCAGCUUUUUGACAAAUUAACAAAGUACUUUGUAUGCAUUUCUGUAAAAGUUGUCAAUAUCACAUGUGUAUUUUAUAAUAAAGUCUAUUUUAUUCUUUAA